AUGGCACGCAGACUCCCCACCCUGGCAGUUGUCUUCCUCGCCUGCGCGGUCGCCGUCUCCGCACUCGCCCCCGCCGCCACCCCCACCUCCGCCCCAUCCAAGUCGGACGCGGCACCUCCCACCGUGAGAGCCGCUUCCCCCUCAUCCACCCCUAAAGCCGCAUCCCCGACCGCCACCACCACCACCACUGCGCCGGUCACCUCCCCAAGCGUCGGUAGCGCACCCAGCGCAGGCGGACCGUCCCCUGCCACCGGAAAGAAAUCAACUCCACCUGUAGCACAUUCUCCUUCCGGCGAUGUUGCGGAGGCUGCACCACUUGCGUCGCCUGUGAACAGCCCCCCUGGUCCUCCUGCGGUCGAUGAUACGUUUGCAACGGCACCGGCGCCGGAAAUGGAUACCACCACCGGAACCAGCGGAGCUUUCGCCGUCAAGGCUCAGGCCGUCUCCUUUGUUGGCAUGGCUGCGGCUGCAGCGAUUCUUCUGUGA